AAGGUCUGACUUAAAUGAUUCAGUCCCUCUCUCUGCAUACGAGGUAGAAGGCUCGCUUCUGUUGACACCCAAGAGAUUCAUACAAAUAAAACAAGCCAGUGCAUAAUGGCAGCUUUAUCUCCACAAGCCAUGAUCCUUCGUGUUGUUGAGCCAGACCGGGCUAGAAAAUUAAAACUUAGUUCACGACCAGCCUCUGUUGAUGCACUGAUUGCUGUUAUAAAAGAACAGCUGGAAAUAGACCUUGACUUCAGUUUAAAAUAUGAAGACCCUGACUUUGAUGGAAAACUUACUUCCCUCUCUGACAUUGAUGAGUUGCCACAGAAAGCUGUUGUGCAUGUGUCAUUUGAGCAAGAUUCCAGCUCUGUUGCAUCAACAGAAACAAUGUCAAGUGUAUCAUCCUCAGAACGUGGGAGAAGAUGGCCUUCACAUAUUUUUCCAAUUCCCACAUUUUCUUUUGACGUUGAACUGAGACUUCGGGAAGGUAAUGCCGAAUUUGAGAAGAACAACAAGCAACUUCAGUUAACUAGAGACAUAAAACAUGACAUUUUAGAAAAGCUAGCAUCUGUGAUGUAUGGCUACAAGGCUUAUCCCAGUGAUAAGGAGAUAGCAAUGGUAGCUGAGGCUCUUGUGGUAAAACAUCCUUGCUUGAAAGAAGCAGGAUCUCAGACUGGCUGGAAUGGGUGGAAAAAUAGCCUCAAAUUUAAGAUGGGGAACUAUAGGAGCAAGAUGAGAAGGGCUGGAUGUCCAGAGAUCACUGUAAAUGCUGGAAAAAGGAGUGCAAUGAAUCCUGACAAUGAAUCUUCACAUUCAAAUAUUAAAAGACCCAAACGAGCAGAAGUAAACUUUUUGCCCAACUUUCCCCAAGGAGAAAAUCCCUCAACUCUUGAACAGUUGAGACAGAAAAUUGUUGAUGAAAUGAAGAAAGCUGAGAAGAACUUACCACUUAUAAAAAAGAUGAUGCAAACCACCUUUGCUCUGCGGCGACAGACCAUAGUGAAGACAUGCCCACCAGUAAAAGAGCUCAAGGAACUCUGGCCUGCACUCAAAAUGGAAUCUGAGGUGUAUGCAGAGUUCCAACGGAUUACAAACGAGAACCUGCCCAACACAUUCUACUCUGAGCUUGACCGACAUCUUCCUAGACUGAUGACCCUGUUCAGACAGAAAGCAUCCAGAACCGGGAAGACAUCAGAUACUUUAACUGAAAUCCUAAGAAUCCAUGAUGACCAGGAGUUUCAUGACAUACACACCAAACGUGUCACUGUUCUUCAUGCGCUUCCUGUGUAUCUACGUGAGGACGUCUCUGGGUUUUUAAGGACCUGCAUGGACACAUCUGAUGAGCCAGAGCUUUUAGAUGUUGCAGUGGCCCUCCUCACAGUCAUCAAAGAUAAUGACACAAGUCCAGUUCACUUCCAGCCUGUGAAAAUCUCUGUUGUCAUCGAAAGUGAGAUUGUGGGCAGCCUCUCCAGAUUUGCUGAUGCCUUCCUGGUAAUGUUUGGACUAAUCUAUGCACUACACCUCAACUAUCCCAGGGGACUGACCAACACUUUUGAAUUCAUUCAAAAGAUUUUGCUUGGUCUUGAUGAGGGUAAACUGUCACCCAAGUAGAGAGUCUCAAAAAUGACUUGAUGUGUAUGUAGAAAUGUAUUGGAAAAAUUACUAAGGCCUGGCAGUUCCUCAGUAGUUCAAUGUAAAAACAAUUUGUGAAAAUAAUGGUUGAAAGGUUUUUGCACUUUUUCCCCCCAAAAUGUGCACAGUGUGCAUUUAUUAAUGUGCAGUUUUCAUUUCUAAAUGUUAUUUGUGAUUUUAAAACAGCUCUUGUUCUUUACAAUUGUUAAGUACAGCUGGGUAGUACUUGGUAACAAUGCAUGUAAUUUAGUUUUAAAUGGUUCAUGUUUUUGUAAAAGUUCAUGCAGGUUUGUGAAUUUGUAAUGUCAGAGAUGUGGUCUUAAUCAGUUUUUCAGGUUUUAUCAUAGUGCACCUUUUUUCUGUCUUUUAAAUGAAGUGUUAAAUAGGAAAGGACAAGAACUCAGCACACUGUAAUUUUAAACUGUUUAAGUUUGUUGAACUUAAAAUAUUUGAGGCAACGAGUUACAUCAAAAAAAUUAGUUUUGAUUCAUAUGAUUUUGAGUCUUGUGUUUUAAAAGGUUUGAGUAACUUGUACUUAAAACACAAAGACAAAGAUACUAAUAAAUAAUGAGUUCAUUCAACUUAAAA